UAUAUCUAUAACGAGUCUAUUAAUAUCUAUUCUUACCUUAUCCCGGCCGUUUUCUUCCUACUAGGCGAGUAUAUAUACUCUAGGGUUACUAGCGCCGAUUUUAUUACUUUCUCUAUCUUUAUAUUUACGACGGUUACGUACCUAUCGUUAUCGGCGACGUACUAUACCUUAAUAAACUACUCCUAAUACGUAGAAUAUUUCUACCUACGACUAGAUAUACUAGGUAUAGUAAUAUUUAUACUAGGCGACCUUACCUUAGGAAUAUAUAUAUUUUUCUAG